UUUCAGUUACAGAGUGGAUUGAUAAUCUUUGUUUAAGUUAAGAAAAGGGGUGGGGGGGGGGCAGAUAUCGUCAGAGAAAUAAUUAUAGGCCUAUUUUUUAAGAGUCUCUAACAAAGAUAGUACAAGGUCUUGUACUAUCUUUGUCUCUAAUAACUAAUAUCGCAUCAGCCUUCAAAGCUGCGUUCAUUCAGCCCGGUUGCCAGCUUGCGGCGCAAAGAAGCCUGGAUUUGUGAGGAAUAAAUUUCUAGGCUAGUUGCGCAAAUCACGUGGACAGCCGGUACCAUCGUUUCUCUUCCGGUGAUCGGAGCACACUGAUGACUGAAGUCUGAUUUCCAGUUUCCAGUGUUACUUUUAUGUCAAUACUGUGGACUCAUCAGAAUUGUUUGUUAUCUUAUAUAAUAUUAUGCGGUUCUGAUAAUAUAGCCCUUCAUAUUCGGGGUUCUGAAGAUGUAGCUUCUGCAACAUGACUGCGCUAUCGUGAUCACGGUUUUGUGCGCCCGGGCGCCUACUUUGCAAAAUUUCUGUGUACGCGAAAAACAAAAUGGCGGAUGUCAACAAACAUUGUGACAACCAAACUGGACAGGGAAGCACAGAUUCUGACCGUAUAUCUGAAGAGUUAAAGUCUGCUGCUAGUGCUCUUUUAGAGUUGCUAAAGAAUAAAAAUGUUAAUACUACUGAUUUGUCGUCUGUUAAGGAGAUUCACGAAUUAGCAAACUUACUGAGCCAGUCAAAUCGAGGCAUCGAACCAACCGGAGAAAACAAAUCGAAAGUAGACAUUCCAGGCUUUUCAGCUACCUCUGAAGACAGUAGUCAUGGUUUCGGUUGCAAAAUACUUGAUCACUGCAUACCUGACGUCCAAGUAACAAUGGGUCAAGAUCAUGAUACGGACAGUCUGUUGUCCGAUACUUUGACGUCUAAAGUACAGAGUGAGAAAAGUAAAAGCAGUGUUGAAUUGAGAGAUCAAAUUUCUGCAGAGGAUGAGGAUAUGGUUCAUGCUCUGACUGAGACUUAUGAGGUGCCCCACAACAUUGUGAGUGCAAAAGUCUUAACAUCGGAUCAAUGGGAAGGGGGUGAUGACAAAAAUUGUGUGGAAAAAAUCAAAAUAGAAGAAGACAUGAAUCCAUCAACUUCCAUGGACUUGGACGCAAUGGUUGUGAAAGUCAAUAGUUCAUCUUCCGGAAACACCAGUUAUGCCAUACUCGAAUUAGGUUCUUCUCGCAUGGCCAUAGAAAAUAUGAAUGUUAUCUCAGAAAAUGUUUUGAUACAGGAUAUAAAAACAGAAAAUGAGACUGUUUCAGGGGUUAAUCUUUUGGAAGAACAUUUAGAUGGUGAUCAUGUGUUGACCAAGACCAAGUUCAUGAUGAAAUCUUGGAACAAGAAGCAAGAUGGAGAAGGGAAACCUCACCACUGCAGGCUCUGUGGGCUAAGAUAUCAAAAGAAAUGUGCCUUGAAACGCCAUAUGAUUUGGAAGCACCAGGAGUACUUAACAGCUCAAGGUUUAUUUGACAAACUAAAAGACUUGGAAACAGUGUCAACUGGUCAGUGUUUCAAAAACAUGGAGUCAAGCCUUCACACAGAAAGUAAAAACAAAUAUGUUUGUCCGCUUUGUGGUAAACUAUUUAAGCAGCAGACAUAUCUUAAGGCUCACUUUUUGAUGCAUAUUCAAGACACACCAUAUUUCUGUAAAUUUUGUCGCAAAUGUUUUAAAACGGAUGUAAUGUUAAGUGAUCACAUGAUGGAACUACAUGCUUCACAAUUCAAGAUGAAAAGGAAAAAGUCUACUCAUGAUGGAUCUGCAGACAUUAGAACAUCCAUGAGUUUGAAAUGUUCUGAAUGUGACAAGACAUUUAGUAGCAAAAAAUCACUUGAAUUUCAUCUUGAAAUCCACAAAGACAAGAAACACUAUGCUUGUAAGCUUUGUGACAAAACAUUUUUGCAACAUCGGAUUUAUGACCUCAAGAGACAUAUAAGACAAACACAUGGGAAAUUGGAAGUUGAAAGACAUAUCCUUUACUUGGAUUCAAGUUCAUUGCAAGAUGUCAGCUAUAAAAAUGAACCCGGUGAGCGAAGAAAAGAAGGUUCUUUGAGAAAAAAUAAAAAAGAUUCUAAGUCGUCCCAGAUAUUGUUCAAGUGUCCAUACUGUCCAAAAGUCAGUAAAUAUUCUGGCAAUUUAAAGUAUCAUAUGGAAAUUCAUACCAAUGACAGAAAGUAUUCUUGCAAAAUAUGUGGUAAAGCAUUCUUAUCACACCGAAAGAAUGAUCUUCAGCGGCAUAUAAAACAAACUCAUGGGAUAGCAGAAAAUGCAGAGAAGUAUAUGAAAUAUUUAGCUGUGAAGAAGGGAGAUUCUGCAUCAUCUGCUGAUCAUCAAAGUAAAGGAGAGCUUUUCACUAUCUCUGAAGGGGGUGUGGAGAUACCUAAGAAGAGAGGGAAGCCGAGUAAGCUUGUCGGUUGUGAAAUCUGUGGAGAUGUCUUCAAGAACAAAGCUGAGCUUCAAGUACAUGCUUUGGAACAACAUGAAGAGCACUACACAUGUGUUCCCAAGGUGGAGGCUCUAGAUCAUGACUCAAAUAUCACCUCCAUAAUCAUCGAUGAUCCUUUUGCAGGUCCAAGUGGGUCCUCGUCUGUUGAUGGCAGUCAAGUGCUUCCACACGAUGUCCCGCCUUCUGUUGUUGCAAACGUUGAGGAUGUCAACAGUGUUUUGUCAUCCCUCCCAUACCACAGUUGUGAUGGUGAUCAAGUUAAAACUGUCGUGAAAAGAAGUGGUCCAGGCGAUGACAGCAAAAUGUACAAAUGCCCACUUUGUCCCAAAGUGAUGAAAUAUGCUUACAGCCUGAAGUACCACAUGAACGUUCAUGAAAAUGCAAAAGGUUUUGCUUGCAGACUAUGUAAUAAGACUUUCCUUACACAUAAAAAAUAUGAUUUGAAAAGACACAUCAAAUACACACAUCAUGUUACAGAAGUAGAAAAAUACAUCAUAUCAGCUGACAGCUUAUCACAUAGGAACCUCAUUUUAAAGCAAAAACAGCUUCAUGUUUCAGCAGCUCAUGAAAAAGACAAAAAAGCAGGAGACGUUGGUAUCAGUGAACAAAAACAAGAUCGGAGAAAGCAAGUUAAGAAUGUGCGAAAAUCUAAGAGAAUCACUGCAAGAAAAAGCAAGGAAAUUCAAGAAGACGACGUCAGCAUUAAUAUAAUUGAAAUUUCAAGCCAGAAUGCAUGCACUACUGACGCAGUAAAUUCUAAUGAGACGGAAUAUGAGUGUCCUGUUUGUAAAGAACUAUUUCAUGGUGAAGUCCAGUUUAAAAAACAUGUUGGGUCACACAAGAGCAAGAAAUAUGUUUGCCACUUAUGCAACAAGUCAUACGACAAUAUUAAAGUGUUGAGAAGUCACAUCAAACAGACUCAUGUUGUCGGAAACAGUGACCUGAUUAAUGAAGCUAUUGAUCUCUAUUGCAGUAAUUGUGGACAACAGUUCUUUAGCUCUCAAGAUCUAGAGAGACAUUAUCUUCGUAGAGACUGUGCAAUGUUAGGGAAAAAGCAGCAGUCACAGAACAGAAACUUGAGGAAAGCUGAAGUGGAAUCUGUAUAUGAAAGAAACGAAAGUACCCUAGAAACGAACGGGAUUCCAACAGGCUCAGAUACUCACUUUGAGUCAGUCGUCGGGAAGGAUAUUGGGAGGGCUCGGAGAAAGCCUCCUGUGUUGAAGUCUGUUUACAUAUGUUUCUAUUGCAAAAAAGAUUGUCUAACCAAAAAAUACCUCGUGCAGCACCUGUGGACACAUGAAAGAACCAAAAGAUACAGGUGCAAACUAUGUGAUAUGAGUUUCAAUCGUAUAUUUGAAUUGACAAUGCAUAUGUCUGAUUCUCAUGAAAAUGAACAAAUACCAAUUGAUGAGCUGUCAGAAGCAGGACAAAAACAUGUAUGUUCCUUAUGUGGGGAGUCUUUCAAGAACAGAUAUAUUCUGAAAAAUCAUUAUGUCAUUCACAAUGGUACGAAGACUAACAAAUGCAAGAUUUGUGAUAAGAUGUUCACUCGUUACUCUGAUGUGAAACGACAUAUACGGCAGAUGCAUGACAGGCAAGAGAAUAUAAGGGACCUUGAUGAGUUUGUUGAAAGAAUGACAGUGGAAGACGCCACCAGUGCUUCAGUUAGUAAUGAGCAUGUUGGUUUUGGUGGUAUGACUGGAACAUUGCCUGUAAAUUGCUCCUUUUCUGACGAAACUCAAAAUAAUUCUGCUAAUUUUGGGGAACCAGAAGGACUAACAUUGCCUGAGCAUAUAAGUAUCACAGAAGAAAAUACUGACAGAGAACUCAGUGUUCCGCUUAGCUGUGAUGUUUGCCAAAGUGAGUUCUCAUCUGUAAAUGCACUGCAAAUGCAUAGGUUAGUUCAUGUGCUCCCCGAGCGAGAAAAAUGCGAGUUCUGUGACAAAAGCUUCUUCCACUUAGACAGGCACAUAUGGGAAAUGCACGAAGAUGAAGUGACUGCAAAGUCAAAAGAGGACUCAAAUGCUGUCACAGAGCACGGUGAAUCGUGCCGCUCUUCUGACUUCAGCUGUGAAUUGUACCUGUGCGUUUUGUGUGGAAAUGAGACCAGUGAGCCGAGAAGUGAGAGUGGAGCCUGCUCGAGCUGCAGUCUUCUCGCGCAUCAGAAUGUUUCAGAAGUUCAGAUGCCACACUAUUGCUGUAGCAUUUGUGGACUCAAGGUUAUGGACGCAGACACUCUGCAGCGUCAUCUUGCCAGCCAUGAAGAAGAUAAAGAGAGACCACAUAAAUGUGACCAGUGUGAAAAGGCGUUCAAAACAAAGAGGGCUUGGGAACUACACGUUAUUGACCAUUCAAAUUCCAAGGACUGCUACUGCUGUGAGGAAUGUGGGCUGACAUUUUCCUGCCUUUACAAAGUGCGAAGGCAUCGACAUAGUGUGCAUCAGAAACACAAGCCAAAAGCUACUCAUUUUUCCUGCCAUAUUUGCCUUUUUAAAUCAAAAUCAAGUGAGCAUCUUUGGGAUCACCUGGACAUUCACAGCAGUAAUGAUGAGUUGGUUUGUCCCUUCUGUGACAAAGUUUUCAUGGGACCCGGUGAGCUGGCUGUGCAUGGUCGGAAUGUGCACGCUGGCAGUGACAGGCAGUUCAGCUGUCCCAGGUGUCACUUUGUUACGGAGGAGAAGUAUCUCUUGGAGAAACAUAUGAGAGUCAUGCAUCCAGAUAUUUCAGCGGAGGGUGAGCUUAAAUGCUCAUAUGAGGGUCCACUUUGGUGUUUACAAGCAUGCCUGCGAUUUCUGCGAAAAGAAAUUCCGAACACCGGCAGAAUGGCGAAUUCACAGACGUUUGCACACUAAAGAAAAACCCUAUGCCUGUCAGUACUGUGAUGCUACCUUCAGCCGACAGUCUUCAUGGGUUAGACACAAAAGAAAACAUCUUGGGGAACUGCCUCACUUGUGUGAAAUCUGUGGGGGGAGGUUCACUGCUUUGAAGGGGCUUCACAAACACAAGCUCAUCCACGAGAGAGAAGCUGCCAGAGAAGGAAGCGCUGCCCAGCAAACAAUAUGUGUGGAAGCAAUUCAAGCAGAUACAAGUCAACUUGCACAAAUACCCAUGAACGUCAGCCAGUCCACUGUGACCUCAUUUGUUGUAAAGACCAUCCCAGAAGGAGACGAGGGAAGCACAUAUGAGACCACAUACAUUUUACCUUCAGACUCUAUUGUGAUAGAAACUGGGGACGGCACUGCUGAUAUAAUUUUGGCUACGGGAGGCACAUAUCAAGCUGCUGCUUAUACUGCUGUGUAAUUCAAGGGAUAUUCGUGUACUGUGUGAUGCCGUCAUAUGGUUGUUGUCUUCGCUUUAUGUUUUUGUUAUGUUGUAACAGUCGCUGUUCUAGUUUUUUGCGUUAUUAUGGUUGCUAUCCUGGCCUCCUAUUUCUGUUGUCCUGGUUAUUUUCCUAGCUUAUUUUUUUUUUCUGUUGUUGUGGCAAUUGCUAUGAUUUUUUUUUUAUUAUGGUUGCUUCCCAUCAUGUUUUUCUUUCUUGUUAUGGCUUCUAUCUUAGUGGGAUUUUCUUGUUAUUGUUGUUAUCCUAGCAUUAUGUUUUUCUCGUCACGACAAUUAUCCCAGCAUUUUGGCUUUAUUAUCUAGCAUCUGCGUUUGUUGCCAUUUUUUUGUCCAAAAGUUGCCACAAAAAUGGCAAAAGUUGCCAAAAAAGUUGCCAUUAAUUUUCUAGCUUUCUACUAUCUGAGACGACAUAUAGCAAUAUGUUGAAAGAGGUAACUUAACUGAUUCCGUCCAUUUGGCCGCUGACAGCAGCUCUGAGUU